CAUGCCCUGCUCGUCGGCUCCUCAUGUGUGCCACGCCCCCCUGCUUGCCAACGUGUGUUUCCCUGAUUGUUUCCACCUAUGUCCGAUUACUGUGAUCAGUCCUGUGUAUUUAAGUCUGAGUCUUGCCUGUGAUCGUUGUCCGUCAUUACGUGAUCUGUGCACAUGGUGUUGGUUGUCCCUCGCCUCCCGUGUCUCCUUAUCCCGAAUAAACCCCGAUUACCCCGAUCCUGCUUGUCAGCCUGGUUUUCUGAACCACCGCCCGCACGAUCGCCUGUCCACCCGAACCUUCCCGUGACAGAAUGACGGACCUACAAAAGACGAAGCGGAGGCAGAGGAGAGUCCCGCAGGAGACUAUCAGACUCGGAGCCUGCUCGCUCUCCCGGAUGUGGCCGUCUCCGGACGCGGAGAAGCCCAUCCGGACUCCAGCCCGAGGACCGACCCCACGGGACCCGUACUCCGUGUGGAGGUACUGGCCCUCGAGUACGGACGAGGAAGAAGAGUCCUUCUAUCCUUACCCGGAGCCGGAGUUCGUUUUCUCGCCGUCCGUUUUCACGGACGUCACGCAGCCUCCCGCCACCGCCAGGCGCCGGAGGAGGAGGAAGAGACCGGAGAUCGCCGGUACGGAGGUGCUCCCUCCGUUACUGCCAGCGGACCCCGCUCCGAUGCAGCCGCCGCCGCCCGCGGACUCAGCGCAGGUGCAGCCGCCACUGCCUGCGGUUCCCAUGCCUGCGCAGCUCCCUCUUCCCGCUGCAGCUCCCGGGCAGGCGCCCCCUCUGCAGCCGCCUGCUGCAGCUCCCGGGCAGGCGCCCCCUCUGCAGCCGCCUGCUGCAGCU